AGGCAGGCGUGCGCAGGCCUUCGCAGUUGGCGGCCGUUGAACCGAACGGGGCUCUGCGUGCGCCUUUGUUGCCUUUCGGCCGCCUGGCUUGCCAUUUGCAAAAACGAGGCGCGCAAAAGGCUCCUCCCGCCACCGCCUUCGCCUUGCCCUCCCGAGAGCGGGCUGGCUUUGUCGAAAGGAGGAGCCCCGGCUGUGACGCUGAGACGAGGCUUCUCCAGUCGUAGCAAGGAAGACGGGGACGGCCUGGGGCCGCCUUAAGCCGCCAUCCGCAUGGAUCAGGGCCAGGAGGUGCCGUAUGAUUUGCGCCGAAGGAAUGCUCCGCGACGCGGGCAGCCCGGCAGCUCAGACCCUGAUAGCCUGGCCAGCAAGAACAGACCCGAUUUAUCGUAUAUAGACCCUUGGAUUGUGACUCUUCUGUUGGAGUACAAAGAAUCUGUAAUCAAAACAGAUGCCCAGCUUGGACAUGUCCUGAAGGUUUUGAACGAGCCAAGGGUUUACCAAGAUGCUGACCAGGAACCAGAAACAAUCCUACAUAUUGGAGAUGGACUUCACUAUAUUGAAGUGGUGGUUGCAGGCGAAGCAACUAAAAUGACAGAACAAUCUAUGGCUCAGUCUGGAUUAUCUGGUAUUGUUGACCAGUUCAUCAUCUUGCAGAAUUAUAGAGUCAACUUUAAAAGAGCAACUAAAAUGGAAGAUUGUCGAUUUUAUCUCAUCCUUGAGUGUUUCCAGGUCAUGGCCAUGAAGAGAGAGGGGGAAAAAGUGCAAAAUUGCAAUCAGGAGCUGUCAGUCAUACAAAAGAUAAAGGACCUAUGGCAGAAAGGUUUUGCGACGCAGAUGUGGUUCAACUCAGGACAAGAAUCACAAACGGUUUCCCAAGUAUUGAAAGAUAUAAACCAUGAUCAGCUGAACAAUUUGAAACAAAAUGCUAAGGAUUGUCUCAACUUAUUAGGCACCAGCCAACUGUUGGACUCUGCGCAAGUGGCCAUGUAUUCAGACACUAAGUGGCAACUGGAACGGAAACAAAAUAAGAUGCACCAAGAUACCUUCACAGUUCCUGCUGAAUACCUGGUAAUCAGUGCAGAAAAUGAGGCAUCACUUUCCCAGUCCUACAUAUCAAGUAAUCCUCAAGCUGUUCCUGAAGAUGAUGAAAACGUUCAAGAAGAUGAUGAGAGCACUGUAUCGUUUUUCAGUGCAGAUUCUGCAAGCUUGGAUGGUUCUUUAGAAAACCCCUGGGAUGCGGUCCCUGGGAUAACCUUGAGCGCCUCCAGUGAAGCUUCUGGCACAUCCCACGGCCUUCCCCAGAUGCAGCAAAUGCUUUUGGCCAGUCCUGCUGAGGAAGCAAACCCAGACUCCAACAUUUCACAUUUCCUGGAGCCUCGUGAUUAUAUGUUUUGCCCUAGGUCUUAUCCCGCCCCACCACCGGACUGUCCGUCACUGUUUCAUUAUCAGAGCAUGGAAUUUCUCAUCGAACCGGCCAAUCCGACACCUGACCUGGUGACGUCAACCACAUCAGGCCAGGCCAGGGAAUUGGCAGACAGCCUUCCUUGUGGGCAGCUGUUAAAUAAAUCCCCCCUUCAUAAUUCUGGGUUUCCUUUUUCUCCUGUUCGUCAUUCCAACGAGGACGACUUCUCCUUAGAGCCGGUGUCUGAAAAUAGGGAAGAUUGUCUGUCCUUUGCCCACAGAGCUAAAGGGAUGGCAAUUAGGUCGAAAUACUUUGAAAUGGAGCAAGACACAUCAGCUCAAACGAUACGGCUGUCAAAUAAAGGAGGACCUUCCAAAACGCCCAGUUGUAGUGGUAACAAUCUGGAAGAUGGAGGGCAUUGCUUUACUGAGACUAUUACAAAAACUAGUACUCCAAAUAGGAGAUGUACAAAUCAGUACUUUGCCUUGAAAUUUUCACGCAUCCCCAAGAAAAGGCGGUUGGAGGAGUUUCUGCAUGAGCAGUUGCAGCUAUCUGCCAGUUGUAUAGAGAGACAUCUGGAAAAAAGAAGCGAGCAGGAACCAACAGGAAUUGUCACCAGGCAAUCAAAGCAAACUGGAGUUCAACAAAAGGAGAAUGAGGAAGGAGACAGUAUUAACCAUCUACAUAACCCAUCUACAUCAGAACUCUGCUCUCAAGUGCUGUCUGCAAGGAUCUCGAGAACGUUACUGGAAUGGGCACGCUGGGUUUUCAACAACUCCGAGAAGCAAUAAACUUCCCAAAGCUUUUUUGAUCUCAGGCUGAGUUACCUAGACAUUUUUGUUAUUGUUAAACUGUUUGGUGUUUUUUUGUUGUUGUUGUUGUUAAUUCUGUUUUUCUGAAGAUAAGAUAUGUUGUUCCGAUUUCACAUGCAGAAAAGGAAGGAUCCCAUCACCUUUUCAUCUGAUUGGAUGUCUCCAGCAAAGAUUGCUUUGAUUUUUUGAUAAUGAAGAUGUGCCACCUGCUAAGUUAUGGGGAAGCUGUGUUUUUUUACAGUUGGUUAUAAAUACAAUGCAAAGAAAUUUAGCCUUUAAAAGCUGACAUAUGGAAACUACAGUUCCUAAGCUGGUGUGCUUGCUGGCAUGCAAAACCUGUAAAUGUAUCUGCAAUAAGGGAUUUACAGGUAUUUUAAGGAGUAUAUCCAGUUUUGAAGUUAGAGAGGAUCUGUAGCCUACGUGCCUUUAGAGCUGGUCCAUUUUGCUCCCUUAAGAGACUUACACUUUAGAUAGAGAAAUUUAUUCUGUGUUACAUGUUGCACAAUUCACUUGCACCUUAAAUUUCAGGAGUUUGUCCAGAGUUAAAUCCACAAAGCAUCAGCACGUAGCUAGAACCACAUGGUGGUUUUCAAUGCAGUGAAGUCUAGAAUACAACAUUUCAUUCAUGGGUCUCCUUCCAGUCUGGUUUGUUGUAGUGAGUGAGAUUCCAGUAGUAAGCCUACAAACUAUGACGACAAAUAACUCUCUGAUGUUAUUCUCCAGCGACAGAAUUUAUAUCCUCAUGCUUCUAAAGUGGCAAGUUCCAGUACAGGUUAUGCUUGAUACUCAUGAAUCUCUCUUAUCUCUGUUACAACAUGAAGAAAUGGAAGUAAUUGCUUCUUGUAGCCUUCAUAGUUUAGAAUUUUAUAAAGAACUUUCUUUGUCUGUUGUCAGUCUGCUAUCCAUUUCGUUAGAUAACUAUGCAGGAAAGCAAUACUAAAAUUUGUAGAGCAUUGCAGGAGACACACAUAUGCUGUGUGUCAUUAAGGUAACUUGAGGGUC